AUGGCAUCUUCAAGCAAUCUUGUUCCAUCAACCCUUCCUAUGAAUGAUCAAGACGUCUUAUCUACACCUGAUACUAUCUCAAAUUUAGCCGAGAUCAUUCACUGUCAAAAACAAAUUCUUACUGAAAACCAACAGUUCAAGCAUUUCCUCAAUCAGCAUGAAAUUGCGAUCAACAAUCUGGUUCAAUUGAUCGAUCGUUUAACUGAUACAAAUUCAUCAAUUGGGGCAAUCAAGCCCGAAAUUGCAACACAUGUUGGUACGGUUAAUUCAUCUUCAGUAACCUUGGCUUCGAAUCUCGAUCCUGCAAAUAAACAACUACGAGCGAAACAAAUAUAUCAAUUAUUCGAAUCAACAGCGUUCUCUGGAUCGGCCAUCCAGGAUGUGGUGGAUUGGCUUCAUGAAUUUAAUCGCAAGUGUGAAAACAUAAUGUUAGAUGAUACUCAGAGAUUAUCUAUUGCUCGAUGA